AUGGAUUCAAAUGAAGAAGUGAUGUCCCCCACCCAAUUGCAUCCGCCAAUAGAGGAGAAGAUUCCCUCAUCAGGAACCGUAUCGGACUCUCCUCGUCAUCGGAGGAAGUCAUCUCUUGAGGUGGAUCCAUAUGAGCCUUCGGAUCUAUACUAUAGCGCAGCUACAGAUCCAUCCAACAAAUCGUCAAAGUUCUCAAGAUUUAGAACUAGGUCUGUAGUUGCACCUAAACGUUCGCAUCGACUACAGUCGUUUACUCUGAAUCCAGAAUUGUUGGGCAUCCACGACAAGAACAACCAAUUUGGACUCUUCAGUUCUCAUACUGAAGGUAGUAACACUAAAGAUUCUAAAUUCUCUCAUGGAUUGACCCUCCAACAGUUGAAAUCCUUAAAUUUGUCGACUUCGGGGACUAAUACUCCGGUAAUUUCGGAUUCUGAUGAUGAUGAUGAUGAUGAUGGUAUCAAUUCCGACUUGGAAAGUGAUGUGGAAAAUGAUGAGGAAUCAUUAACAAAGUCCCAUUCAACGGGGUCUCUGAUUGCUGAUGUUGAUCAAAGAGUUGCAAAUUAUCAAAUUGAAAUGUCUUCUCCUAAUGUUACAAGUGAAGAAUUGAAUGAAAAUUUAAAGGAUAUCCCCAAUGAUGCCGACCUGAUGAGAGAAGUUACUGGUUUAGAAGAUCCUUUUGAUGAUGAUGAUGAUGAUAAUAAUAAUAAUAAUAAUAAUAACAAGAAAAACAAAAACAAAAACAAGAAAAAAAAUAAAAAUAAAAACAAAAACGAUAAUAAUGAAAGUAAUAAUGAUAAUGAUAAUGAAAAUCAAACUAAGGCCAAGACUAAUAAGGUCAAACCUUCAACUACAAAUCUGGAAAUACCAUUCCCUUCUUCCUCACCAAUGAAUAAAUUGAAAGAUGGAAAUGUAAAGAAAAUCUUACCUGAGAAACACCUCUUCCCAUCACCUUCAACCCCAACAGUUCGUAGGAGAGGUUCUGCAGACUUGUCUUCAAGUUUGUCCAACUCAAAACGAUUUUUCAUUAGUGAUAUAGAUGCAACCCUUAAAGAACUACUAAGAAAUGAAGAUACAGAUAAAGAUUGUCAAAUUACAAUUGAUGAUACUGGUCCUAAAGUCUUGAAAUUGGGUACUGCAAAUUCGGGUGGUUUUAGGCAAUAUGAUAUUAGAGGUACUUAUAUGUUGUCCAAUCUUUUACAAGAAUUGACUAUUGCCAAACGAUUUGGUAGGAAACAGAUGAUUUUAGAUGAGGCAAGGUUGAAUGAAAAUCCAGUUUCAAGAUUACAUAGGUUGAUUACAACUUCAUUUUGGAAAAAUCUAACAAGGAAAGUUGAUGAAGAUUCAAUAUUGGAAAUGGCCCAAGAUACCAAAAUUAGAUCAAAGGAGGCAAAAUAUCCAAGAAUUUAUGUCCCUUAUGAUGAGGAAGAACAAUAUUAUUAUUAUUCUAAAAUUGCAAAGAAAAAUAAAGAUUACAAAUUAGACGUUGUUUACCUUCCUAAAGACAUUACGGCCGAUUAUGUGGAAUCGAUCAAUAACAUUCCUGGUUUAUUGGCAUUGGCUGUAAGAAGAAAAUCAGAUACUUUUGGUGAUUUAGAAGGUUAUCCUUAUGUAGUUCCUGGUGGUCGAUUCAAUGAACAAUAUGGAUGGGAUUCAUAUUUUGAAACACUAGGUUUAUUAGCAUCUGAUUAUUUGGAACCAUGUAUUGGUAUGUGUGAAAAUUUCAUUUUUGAAAUCAAUCAUUAUGGGAAAAUCUUAAAUGCUAAUAGGUCAUACUAUCUAUGUCGUUCUCAACCUCCAUUUUUAACUGAUAUGGCACUGAGAAUCUUCAACUAUAUCAAGGAAAAACAAGGUAGAGAGGAUUUGAGUCUUUUGAAAAGGGCGUUUAUGGCUGCAAUUAAAGAAUAUAACGAAGUUUGGUGUUCACCUCCAAGAUUAGAUCCAUUUACAGGAUUGUCAACUUAUCAUCCAGAUGGUAAAGGUAUACCACCAGAGACUGAAGAAUCACAUUUCCAUGCAGUUUUACAACCUUUUGUUGAAAAAUAUAAAUUGACUUAUAAGGAGUUUGAAACCAGAUAUAAUAAAGGUUUAAUUAAAGAGCCAGAUCUUGAUGAAUACUUCUUACAUGAUAGAGCAGUUAGAGAAUCCGGGCAUGAUACAUCCUACAGAUUAGAAGGUGUUUGUGCUAACUUGGCAACGGUUGAUUUGAACAGUUUACUCUACAAAUAUGAAGUUGAUAUUGCGUUUGUUAUUAAGACUUACUUCAAUAACGAAUUGACCCUACCAGAUGGAACAAUUGAGACAAGUGAGAAGUGGAUUGCAUUAGCUGAAAAGAGAAAGGAGUUGAUUGAAACAUACAUGUGGAAUGAAAAGGAAUCACUUUACUUUGAUUAUAAUAUCAAGAAACAAAAACAAUCAAGGUAUGAAUCAGUUACAGCAUUUUAUACAUUAUGGGCAGGGCUUUGCUCCAAGGAAAGGGCUGAAGUUAUGAUCAGAAACUCAUUGUAUAAGUUUGAAGAAUUUGGCGGUUUGGUUUCAGGUACUAAAAAAUCCAGAGGUGAACUCGGUAUCGAUAAGCCUGUAAGACAAUGGGAUUAUCCUUUUGCAUGGGCUCCUCACCAAAUGUUGGUUUGGGAGGGUUUGAAGAGAUAUGGGAAGAAAAAUAUUGCUCAAAGAUUAAGUUACAGAUGGCUAUACUUGAUGACAUUGGCAUUUGUUGAUUUCAACGGAAUAGUUGUAGAGAAAUACGAUGCUACAAGUGAGAGACAGCCGCACAAGGUUGAAGCAGAGUAUGGUAACCAGGGAGCCGGGUUUAAAGGUGUUGCAACAGAAGGUUUUGGUUGGGUCAAUGCUAGCUUUAUUGUAGGUCUGCAGAACCUGGAUACUCUGGGCAAGAGGGCGUUAGGAUUGGUCACUUCUCCGAAUGACUUCUUUGAAAAGAUGAGUGCCACUGAAAAGGAGAAAUAUGGGCUUCGACUAUAG